AUGUUUUCUUCCUGUGGGGGGCUGGGUCCGACGGUCGGCGACCUCUCCGGAGUCGAAGCUUUGCAUGUGGGUUGUUCAUGCUAACAAUGGAGCCUGGGCGCUAGCUAUUUAAUAUUACAAGACAUUUAGUAUGCAACGGUUUCUCAAACUGGUCCUUUGUCGUCUCUAGUGGCUCAUGUGGAUCAUGUUCACUCAGUACCCGAACAAAGGGAAUCCUGGACAGUAGCUAAAGGGAAAUGGAAAAAAUUAAAUGCAAAAUCUCUAACGUUAACUGUAAUUAAUGAAUCAUGUUUUGCAGCAGACGGUAACGAUAUCAAGUAUUUAAUUGUACAAAUACAACUGUCAAAUUUGACUAAUAUUCAAUUGUGUGUUUUUAUGUAACGUUUGCGUGUUAAAAAUAAUAAACCUUUGCGUUUACUUAAGUUUUCAACGUUGGACAGAUUAAAUAAUUACUCAGCAUUGCCCUGUAGCUAUAUUACUGACUGCAUGUGGUUUGGGUUAAUUACCAAUUAGCACUAAUUAAGAGUAUAAUCACCUGAUUGCAUCCAUUGGAGGGGGAAUGCCAUGCGUUUUAAUUUUCAGGCUUAUCUCCUUGUAUUCUCCAUAACAAUUACACAUAUAGGGCAGUACUUCAGUAGAUUUUAAGUGUUGAUUGUAGUAUUAUUAAGCCAUGCUGAUGAAUAUGCAGAGAUUGACAUCUUAUGUUAAUCUCACCCUCCUCUUCCAGAGACUCCGGGGUUGUAGAUCACCUGUCUGUCCAUCACAGAGCUCUCCCCCAGAGGCAGCAGCAGGCUGUGUCCUUGUCCCCCACCAGCCUCUCUACUCGGGGAGAGUAUGGAGAGGACGACAUGUCUGACAGGUUCACAGAAGGACAGGACGUCUUGGCCCGGUGGUCAGAUGGCUUGUUCUACUUGGGGACAAUCGCCAAGAUAAAUCGGGAAAAGCAGCGAUGCUUUGUGGUUUUUGAGGAUCGGUCAAAGUCUUGGGUUCUGUGGAAGGAUAUCCAGACAGGGAAUGAAGAUGAUGAGGAUGAUGAGGACGACGACAUUGUGUGCUCUAUAUGCCAGGAUGAAACGUCAGAUGAACCCAAUGAAAUAGUCAUUUGUGACAAGUGUGGACAAGGCUACCAUCAGCUGUGCCACUCGCCCAUCAUCGACGCCUCUGUCAUUGACUCGGAUGACAAGUGGCUCUGCUCAGACUGUGAGCUCACUUCUAUACCGAAGAGGGAGGCUGCACACAUGAGGGGAGCGUCUGCUCAGGGCUUUCUGAAGCAGGAGGAGGAGGAGGACGUUACGGGGCAGCACCUGUCUCUCCAAUACGCUCUGGACGAGCUGGUUUGGGACCAGGGCCACAAGACUAACAUGCAGCACCGCUACUGCUACUGUGGAGGUCCAGGAGAUUGGUACCUGAAGAUGCUGCAGUGUAACGGGUGUCUGCAGUGGUUCCAUGAGACGUGUCUCCAUUGCUUACAGAUGCCCAUGCUCUACGGAGACAGGUUUUAUCUGUUUAUUUGUUCCGUUUGCAAUGGUGGACCAGAGUACGUCAGCCGACUGCCUCUCACAUGGGAGAAUGUCACACACCUGAGCCUGUACAACUUGAGUGUGAUUCACAAGAAGACGUACUUUGAUUCAGAGAUGCACCUGAUGUCUUACAUCAGUGAUAACUGGGAGCUCCUGCAGCUGGGGAUGCUCGCCAAAACUCCCAGAUCAAAGCGAUAUGGACAUGUUCUGGAGGCAUUAAACAACAACAGUAGCAUUUUCAAGUCGGGGAAGGAGGUUAAGAAAAAGAAGCACUUAUUUGGGCUGAGGAUCCGUUUCCCUCCGUCUCCCCCCAACUCCGAUGAGCAAACCGGCAGAGGGAUGGAGACGGCUUCACAUGAGAUCACCAUCAAGGGAUGCAAGACCCUAUCUGGCAUGAGGACUUUAACCAAUGGCACAAAGAGGAAGAGGAAGCAAGGAGCCCGUUCUCUGGAGACUCUGGCUAAACCACGACGCAGUGAACUCUUAUCCCAGGAUAUAAGAAAGCCUCUGCCACUAGAGCCCAACACAUUGGAUCACUUGACCUCCAUCAAGACUGAGAGGUCUCUGCUGUCUUCAGAUGUGGAAUCCAUUGGAGCCCCGAGCACCACAGAAACUACCUCAACUAGCAUUUCAAGACAGUCCAGCUGUAGUUCCAGCAAGAUGCGAACGACGGCCUGCAUCGUGCCCGUUUCCGCUCCACCCUUAAAGAGGAAACGUGGCCGGCCACGACGGGCCCUGCAGCCCCCCAACCCAGAGAUCCCCCCUCCUAGCCAUGCAGACCCAAACCCCUCAGCUACGGAGAUGAUAAGCCCGCUGCCAGGGCUCCACUCCACAGAUAUAGUUCACGGCAUGGACCCCAACAGCCAACUCUCCCACCUCAAGAGCUCCAUCAGCAGCUAUUUCGGAGCAGCAGGGCGACUGGCUUGCGGGGAAAAGUACAAAGUCCUGGCACGACGUGUCACCCUCGACGGCAAGGUGCAGUACCUGGUGGAGUGGGAGGGAGUCACUGCCUCCUAGACACUCCCUCCUAGACUUGUCACUGUCAUCGUCACUUCUAACUUUGAACCAGCGCCUGUAAGAGGUCUAUGCUAAGGACGUGUUCACAGCCUGUAUUCAGAGCAUUCAUUGAUAUAUGCCUUUUUGUUUAGUUUAGACAGGAGCGAGGUUUUCCUGUUACUGUGAAGUCUACUGGUUCAGUGCACAUUUAAACAUGUCUGUUCCUCAUGUGUUACAAAGAUUACAGUUCUUUGAUCAAGGCAUUGUCAUUAUACCACACCAUAUUUGUGGUGUUCUUUCUGCUUUUAACUUUCAUUAUUUGCUUUGAAUGUUUACAGCAGCCCUGUUUAUUCAGAGGCACAUAAUUGAUCCGUGCACUGCAUCUGUAGGCUUGCAGUGACUCAUUAUUGUACUUCAUUUUUAAUCCAGUUAUAUGCUUUUUAUUCCCAGACCAGUUAAGUAUGAAACUGUACGUGUUCUUUGACAGAAUGUGAUUGGUCGGGCAUUAAAUGGUAAAUCUUGGAGGAUAAGAGAGACCCAUUCAAAAGAAAUUUAUUAAUUUCACUACUGCAAAGACAAUUACAUAGUUAUGUUUUGUUUAUGAUUUAUUUUCUUUCUUCUUAAAUAUGUCUAUUUACAACAGUGUCCCCUCCAGUCCCAGCUACAAGUCCAUCUUGUUGCCUUGGGCAGAGAUAUCCUUCAACUCAAAACAGAAGAGAUGUGCUGCUGCAAAUAUUUAGUUUUACAUAGAAUUAUACUACAUCUUAUUAUUACCUUUUCCACUAGUCCUUUCUCAUAAGUCUUUUUUUCUCUUCAGCAUUUUUUCUUUUUUUAUUAUCUGUUGCACGUAUCAAAUUAUACCCUUUUGAUCAGAUAAUUCGAGCUUUUUAGCUCCAGCAGCAUUUUCAUGGUAAUGUUCUUUAAGCCCCUUUCUAUGUUUUAAAUGCGAGAUUCUGAAAAAUAACCUCCAAAUGAUGUGUAAUUUCAGUGUUUAAAUGUUCAGAAGGACUUACAGUAAAUUGUGUCCAUUCUAAAAAGAAAUGCAUACAUUAUGUUUUCAUAGUAAAGAUUUGUUUCGAGUGUCAACUGCCAUCGUCAAAAUUUAUUAUCCUCUGAAAACAAUUUCAUUUGAUAUCAAUUAAAAUGACUUAACUGUUGACUGAAGUCUUUAAGGACCUAUUUUGUUUUUACUUUGGCUGAUAGUUAUGAAAAAAUAAAGUGCUGCAUAAGAUGAAUGUUGUUUACCCAGUUUCCAUACUUAGAGUUCAGAAGUUUUUUGUUUUCUUUUGCUGCCUAUGCAAGUUGGUCCUUGAUAAUCGUGUUCAGUCAGAUUUAAGGACCAUUAGCGGCUUGAUAAAGGGGCGCUUCAGCAUUAUGACCAUUUGACUUUAAAUUGUUUGUGUGACCGGUGCAAAAAUGCAUUUCAAUCUUUACUUUUCCAGUCGAGUUCACCUUGUAGUAUACACACUCAGGAUAUAUCCAAAAACUUCACUGUAUUGCAUAGGCCUGCAUUUGCAGCUUGGCAGGAGGUUUAGAUACAAGUUAUUCACUCGGUGUUUAAUGGUCAGUAUUUUUAUAUUCGGUCCUCCAUUUUACUUUGGACCAUAUGUAUGUAAGGUGUUUUUUCUACAGCUACACUUGCUGGUUUAAUCUGAGUCAGAACAAGUCACUGGAAAACGAAUAUGCUGUAUGUCGUUGCAUGAGGUAAAUAUUCAUCUAGUUCGGCUGUCUCUUUUUACAGAUGUUUUCUAUUUUUUGUUUAAAUGGACAGAGCUUUUUGACAUUGAUACCUCUUCAUUGUACGGAUGUAGUCGGUGUAUGUGAAGCUCGUCUCCUCUGUUCAGCCAGUCAGCCUCCAUGUUGUUACCACUGGCUACCAGCAGGCUUCUGUAGCCAAAGAACAUACAUGUAACGUCUGCUUUGUCUUUUGAGAUUCUGAUUACGUUUUUAUACAUCGUUAUGUAGGUUGACGUGAUACUUCUGAACCUGUUUAGUUAAAGGAUGAAUAAAAGCCGAUAUUUUGGA